AUGGAGGUCGAUAUCGCGCCAUACGAACCGCGAAGCGUACUAGAAACGCUCCCAUGCAGUUUGCCCAUAUCACAUUUCCAAACCGACACUGACUUUGAAAGUAUCGCCACUCCAAUCGUACAAUCGCUGGGAGACCUCGCGCCAGAAAGCCUCUCUUCGACAUCAAUAUGGCGCGACGUCUUCGCCCUGACUGGCACUAUGCGAACAUUUUACUCACCCGACUCUAUCGCGAAGGCUUGGACUGAAACGUGUGCGUCCAGACAGGCGUGCGAUUUUGCCCCCAUCGAGACUUCGGCAAAACCAACGCGCCUGGACAAUGAUAUUGGGUGGGUGAAUGUUUCCUUCACAUUUCGCAAUCGUGGAAGCCCUGCUUCUACCUGCAGAGGAUUUCUGUCCCUUGUUCUAGAAGAUGGACACUGGAGGAUCUGGCUCAUCAGGACUGUCCUGGAGCAGUUAGAGGGUUGUGAGGAUGUCGACAUCCUUCCAGCUGUCCAAGCAAUGCCAAACGGAGUGAAUGGGAAUCAUGUCCAGACGAACAGCACGAACGGGAGCCAUAUUGCGACGAAUGGGGCCAACAACUCUCCCAAUCACUUCGACUGUGUCAUCGUAGGAGCUGGUCAAGCAGGUCUAGGCUCGGCAGGACGGCUCCAAUCCCUGGGGAUCUCCUACGUGGUGCUCGACAAGAAUGCCCAAAUCGGCGACAAUUGGAUGACCCGGUACGAUUCCGCGAGGCUACACACUGCCCGCGAGUACAACCACUUACCCUUCGACCGGACAUUUCCUCUGCCAUACCAAGAAUUCCUCACCAAAUACGACCUGGCGAGAGGAUAUAAGGACUGGGUCGAGAAGUUUGGAAUCGACAAGCACAUCUGGUUCAACGCGACUCUCGAAUCAGGAUCAUGGGACGAAGGACGCAGGACGUGGACAUUGCUCGUCCAUCGUGCAGACGGUUCAACUCAGAGCCUCACCUGUCGACACGUCGUCAUGGCCACCGGUGGAGGAGGACAGAUUCCCAUUAUGCCACAAUACCCCGGCCGCGAAGUCUUCCAAGGCACAGUCCUGCAUUCGGCAGAGUACAAAUCCGCCGAACCCUGGCGCGGCAAGGCCGGCAUUGUGAUCGGCACGGCAAACACGGCUCACGAUGUCGCCGAGGACAUGGUGGAAGCAGGGCUCUCACAGGUCACCAUGGUGCAGCGUUCCCGCACUUACGUGUUGCCGUGCGAAUACUUCAAAGUGAUUUCGGAUCGGUCGUACAACGCAGAUGUCCCCACGGUCGAUGCUGACCGAGAGCAGUAUUCGAUGCCGUACGCACUAACGAGGCUACUGAGUCGGAAAGCAUUGCAUGGGAUGGCGGCCAAAGAGCCCGAACGCUUUGACGCCCUAGAGCGCGCUGGGUUCAGAGUCGAGAGAUAUGGCGAUAUCAUGUGGCAUAUCUGCGAGAAGUUAGGUGGGCAUUACAUGGACGUAGGCUGUUCGGACCUGAUUGCGAAGGGAUUGAUUAAAAUGCAAUCCAACGCCCUGCCCACACACUUCACUCGGACAGGCCUGGCCUUCAGCGACGGCAGCGAGAUCCCCGUGUCCGUGGUAAUCUUCUGCACCGGCUUCGUGGGCAACAUGCGCACAGACGUGGCCCGCAUAUUUGGCAAGGAAGUCGCGUCUCGGGCGGACGACUUUUGGGGGCUGGACAGCGAGGGGGAACUCAAGGGGGUGUUCAAGCGGAACAGCCAUCCGAAUCUGUAUUACAUGGGCGGGACGAUUGGGCAUGCCAGGUAUUUCUCCCGCCAUGUGGCGUUGCAGAUCAAGGCGGAGUUGAUGGGCACGCCCCUGCCCGUCUACGAAGGGGAACGAAGGCCAGAGAUGGGGAAUUGGCGAGCGGUGUCGGACGGCAGUGAGCCGUGA